CUUCCUGCCCCUCCUCGUCCGGGAUGCUCCUGCCGCUGCUGCGGAGGAGCUGUUUCCCUUCCUCCUCUCCCGGCGGCGGCGGUAGCGCCGGCGGCAGCGGCUUGGGCGCGGGCGCGGGCAGCCAACCAGCGGCGCAGCUGCCGCGCGAAGCCCGCGGGCCGCCCGGAGCGCUCGAGCGGGCGGACGCCGAGCCCGGGGUCGACCCCAGGCGCGCGGCGGAGGCCGAGGGGGCGCCGGGGCCCGAGGCGCGCGGCCCGGGGGCGGGCGGCGGCGGGCGGCGGGCCGAGCGGGAGCCGUAUGCGUGCAUGGAUCCGGGCGCCGCGCUGCAGAGGCGGGCAGGGGGCGGCGGCCUGGGCACGGGCUCCCCGGCGCUGUCGGGGGGCCAGGCCCGCCGGAGGAAGCAGCCCCCCAGGCCGGCCGACUUCAAGCUGCAGGUCAUCAUCAUCGGCUCCCGCGGCGUGGGCAAGACCAGCCUGAUGGAGCGCUUCACCGACGACACCUUCUGCGAGGCCUGCAAGUCCACCGUGGGUGUUGAUUUUAAAAUAAAAACUGUAGAGCUAAGAGGAAAGAAAAUUAGACUACAGAUCUGGGAUACAGCAGGUCAAGAGAGAUUCAACAGCAUUACCUCAGCUUAUUACAGAAGUGCCAAGGGGAUCAUAUUAGUAUAUGAUAUUACUAAGAAGGAGACAUUUGAUGAUUUGCCAAAAUGGAUGAAGAUGAUUGAUAAGUAUGCUUCCGAAGAUGCAGAACUUCUCUUAGUUGGAAAUAAGUUGGACUGUGAAACUGACAGAGAAAUCACCAGACAGCAGGGUGAAAAGUUCGCACAGCAAAUAACCGGGAUGCGGUUCUGUGAAGCAAGUGCCAAGGAUAACUUCAAUGUGGAUGAAAUAUUUCUGAAACUUGUCGAUGACAUUCUGAAAAAGAUGCCUCUGGAUAUUUUAAGGAAUGAGCUGUCCAAUAGUAUCCUCUCCUUACAACCAGAACCUGAGAUUCCACCAGAAUUGCCUCCACCAAGACCACACAUCAGAUGCUGUUGAUUUGCUACUUUGGAGACAAAGUGGGAAUGAUUCCUAGAAAGGGGAAAACGUUCUAUUCUGCACUACAAUCAUUCUGAAAAUUUCCUUUCGCACUUUGUAAUUCAAGUCAGAGCUAUACACUAACUUGUAAAUAUGCAAAUAUGCAAUCCUGGGUAAGUUUUGGUUAUAAAUUACAUAUAUCCCUCCAAAUUAUUAUAUUUCAUUCAUUAUCCCAGUGUCUAGUGUGCAUACACUGGGAAAUGUAGUACUUCUAAUAUGAAGAAUGGGAGAAAUGAAAGUUAUAGUGUUUCUUGAUAUAGAUAAUAUAAUUGUCCUUGUUAAUUAUAUUAUGAGGACAGAAGAUAUUCUGAUAAGAAGAAAGAACAUGGUGCUUUGCUUACUGAUUUAAAGAAAAUUUGUAAAACCAGAGAUUUUUUGAAGAAAAAAAAAAAAGCUAUCUUAUGUGCUUGUUCUUUAUUUACAGGACAUUUCCCUAGCUGUAGCAUUUUUGAAGUAUUGGGAGUGUUUCUAGCACAAAGCAAAGUUCCAUUCAUAGCCGUCAUUGAAGGUUAUUUAUUAAUGUGAUAUAUUGGUAGAAUAUUACUAGUUAGAGGGUAGGAUUUGACUCUGAGGCCGCAGAGUCGCUCUCAUAGUUUCUGAAUUGAUAUCCCUUUAUGCUUUUAAGAACUACGAAGAUUCAAUAAAGAAAGAAAACGCUGCUGUCCUAAACAAAUCCUGUUUAAAGGAAUUUUAAAGAGAUACAUUUUACUAUGUCAGAGAACAUACUUGUAUUUGCCUAAGCAUUCUGUACCUUUAUAAUGAUGAAACUUCUCCCCCUUAUGACGAAGCGUAUUCCUGUUAAUCCUAGACUGUGUUCUUUUUUUUUUUUUUUUUCAGUCUGAUAAUGAAUUUGUGAACUCUCUCUUUGGUAUAUCUUUUAUUAAACUGCACUGUUUUGUUUAGUCAAGAUAAGUAAUUAUGUAUUUGAAUAACUUGGCGUGUCUUGAGUGUUGUGAUAUGAAAAGCAUUGUGGUCUUUCUACACUAAUAAAAUUUUGUAUUUAUGAAUAACA